AUGGCCAUGAGGGUCGCGCGCAAGGAGAGCCAUAACUAUUAUGCCGUGCUGGGGCUGGCAGAAUCUGCGUCAACAAACGAGAUAAGGGUUGCCUACAAGCGCAAAGCACUCUCGACCCAUCCAGACAAGGGUGGCUCUUCUGCAGAGUUCCGCCUUGUGGUGAGAGCCUUCGAAGUUCUGUUCUCGGGGCACGCGCGGGCUUCCUACGAUGCCAAGCUGCGGCAGCAAGCGUGCGCCAUGUCUCACAGCCAGGACCGCCCUGGCCAACAGGCAAAGCACAAACACAGUCCCAAAGAGAAGCUUUCUGCAAAAGUGCCAAGCCCAACCCGAACAGCGACGGCCAAAGCCCGGGGAAGGAGGCGAAAGUCCCAGAUGCUGGAGCGAUGUCUUCGGCAGCUCGAGGGGAUUCUCAAGGAUUGUCCAUACCCAACCAGGUUGGAGCAGAUCAAGAACAUGUCUCAGCAGCUACGGACCAACCUCCUGAGUUUCAUGGAGAGAUCCAAGCAAGGGGGCCACGAUGGCCGACUUCCCGAUUGCGAUGGCCGCGUCUCAGUAGGUCCAGGUCCAGGUGAAGGCGAUGGUCCUACAUUAUCCAUUGAAGACCAGACAGCUUCACCGAAGGCAGAAGCCCAGAAGCCCGAUCGUAGAUCGUCUGUGGAAGAACCAGCAAAGCACCUUGAUAAAGGCAGAGUCUCGUACAAGUGCAGAAGAAGGCAGAAGAGCCUUCUGCGUGGCAUUUAUUCCAUUGCUGCGAAGAACCAGGUAUACUAUGAGUCGAGGAUAGUCCACAGGAAUCUUUGCUUUGCAAGUCGCGUGAGCCGAAAUCUUGAGGAUGUCGUGAACUUCCACACGGUUCUUGCGAUGCUUCGACAGCGCAUGGUGGAACUUGAAGAGAGUGAUUCUGGGCUGGAGUCUUCCGACCUACUCGAUCGUCUCAAGGGCAGUGUCAUGAGGGCGAUGCAGGAGGUGGAAGGCCUUUCGGACAUCGGACUUAGCUAUCAGGUUGUUGUUGAUGCCCGACCCUGGAUUGGCAAAAUGCUGUAUUCCCCGCGGAUGCAUUGUGCCGAGAAGGCUCUAGAUGUUUGGCAGCGUGCCGAGCGUGUGCGUUUGGAGCAAGGUUGGCCAGGCAUCCGAGCCGUGUGGAGCCAGUGGAUGCAGGCCGAGCGCCGCUCCUGCUGGGCUGUCCGCACCCGGAGUGCACAGGAGGCCGAAGCCCUGGUUCGGCGGGCCGAGUCUGUCUACAGCGCCAACCGAUUGAAGCGUCAAGCUUUGCGAGAAAAACGGGAAGCCGCCCAGAAGAGAAGACAAACGGAGCUCGAACAAAGGGAGCGGAGACGUGCAGAGCGCAUGCAGGCGCGUCUCGAGCACUUGGUCCAGACGAAGCUUGCUCGCUGUGUGCUUCGCGCAGAGGCGCUGAUCAACUCACUUCUGGCCAAAGAGCGUGCAGCUCACAGGCAGGUUCCUCGUGCCGCGGCCAAGCAGAGCACGAGGUAA